AUGGAUUAAAAGCCUUCUUGUAUAAUAUAAUCAUCCUUCCUUGAUUAGGAAGCCUCGUCUGAUAACAUUCCUCUGAAAUUACACUACACAAAAGUCAUUUAAAGUGAUGUUAAAAACCCUAUUGCAUCAAUUAUUAUAAUACAUGGAUUGGGUUAAUAUUCAGAACUAUACUAUGACUUGGCAGAGUAUUUCUCAUCAUACAAAUAUGUAUGUCACCUUAUCGACUUAAGAGGAUUUGGAUAUUCUGGAGGUGUAAAAGGACUUUCUAAUUUUGAGGAUAUGAUUAAAGACAUUGAACUACUUUUGCAGUAAGUACGUAAAGACAUCCCUUUAUUCGUAUGUGGUCAUUCACUAGGAGCAUCUUUGCUUCUAUCAAUUGGUGUAAGAAAUCCUAGGCUAAACAUCAGUGGUUUUAUUGCACUAGCACCGCUUGUCGAUCCUGAUAGACAUGGCUAUGAAAGAAAAAAUGGAAUUAUAUCUAAAUUCACAUAAUAUGGAGUUAGAAUACUUGGAGAGUUUUUAGGCGAUAUUCUUUAAUCUAAUUGGGCCAUUUAGCAAAAUUUAAAAAAGGGGAAAAACCUCAUGGUACAAAAUAUAGGUCUUUAAAUGGUAAAAAGUCUUUUGAAGGGAAUAAGGUAAUUAAAUGAUUAAGCUUGCAGCUUCAACUACCCUAUCUUCAUUGUUCAAGGAAGCUAAGACUGUGUUUGUAAUCUUAAAAAAACAGAAGGCUUUUUUGAUAUGAUUAAUAGCUCGGACAAAGCAAUGCAAGUUAUUCCUAGUAUUUCACAUGAAAUAAUUUAAGAUGAUAACAGUGGCAGAGUUAAGUUAGAAAUCCUUGCAUGGAUGUAACUUAGACUUCAAAAUGCACGUCCAUUCUCAGAGACUUAAAUCUAGAUAAAAAUUUACAAAUAAACAAGCCCGAAGUGGAGACUAUUAAAAAUGAUAUUAGGAAUGCUGUUUGCAAAAACUAUAUCUAAUAUUUCACUGUUUUAUAAUAAGGGAAUACUCUUCUAGAAAGUUUACAAAAUGUUUAUGAUUAUCAAAUCUUUCUUAAUUUUCUGA